CCCCACCUUGAGCCAGCCAGGAUUUGUCAAAAGGCAGCCUAGCUGCAUGGUGAAGGUAGGUAGGAAAGAGAGGCAGGAAGGGUCUGCUUCACUAGCACAUUCCCUACAGGAAAGCAGCAUCCAGUCUGCAAAGUGGAAGUUUCAGUCCUCUCUGCAGUGUGGUCAAGAGCAGUGGGGAAGGAGAUGCAGUGUCUCCUUGCUGCAUCCCACCUUCUGCCCAAAUGUUUAAUUAGGGAUGGAUCCAGGUUGGGCGCAGAGCCUCAGUAUGCAGUAUAAUACUUCAGCCAGUCACUUUAUUUGUGUAACUGUCUUCUGUAUUCUGUACACUACUAUAAAGUGAUGUUCACAACAAGCAAACCCACACCUUCUUAAUCAUCAGAACGUUAUUACCAUGCAACCAAAAGCAAUUCAAAACAAUUUAAUAAUAAAUCCCAAAUAAGCUAGUGUUGUACCAAAAUACGCCAUUCAUAAUUUAUUACUAAUACAAAGGGAGGAAAGGUGCCCCCUGAACUUGGGGGGGGGGUGCGGCGGCAAUGGAAUGAGCCCUUUUUAAAGGGCUGCGACGUUUGGCACACCACCCACAUGUUGUAAUUGCAAGUGGGUAGGAGGGCUGAAACCAAGAAAGGUAUCCCUGAGGCCACAUGGUUCCUAGAAGAAGGAGAGGCUUCCUGAUUCACAUCAGUUUUCUUUGUUCUGCUUUUUCUAUGGAAAGGAGCUAGGAUCUGCAAGGAACUGAAACCUCAUCCUUUGAAGAGCUGACAAUCUUACUCAACUCUGCUUUGGCUUGUGAGAUGCUGAGAUGCACUGCAGCCACAAGGAUAAGGAAUUAAUUAUUGACAUUAUUUAAAAAGCUGAUUCUAACAAUGCUGGAUUGGAUGCAGUACGGAAUAUACCCAGUAGGAAUAUACCUUGUUAUCCAUCCCUUCCUCCCAAAGGUGCUUAGGGUGCCAAACAUCAAUGGUAAAAACAAUAUCCAGCAAUCAAAUGCCUGAAACUCAAUAAUGAGGGAGAUCAAUGCACUUCACCAGGGUGGGCAUUGCACAAACUUGGAGCCAGCACUGAGAAGGCCCUGUCAUGGGUCAAUGCCAACCAACAGCCCUUAGUGGCACCACCACCAAUAAUACCUCACUUGCCAAUUGUAGGGUCUGGAAUGGUUGGUACACGUUUUAGCCACCUUUUUGUUGACAUGGUCAAGAUGGUUAAGAUUUGCUACUGCCCAGAGUUAUUACAGGGUAGAUUUGUAAUUCUUGCAAUCAAUCAACAGAUUGAAUGUUAGGCAUGACAAGUUAAAUAGUCCAGGGCAAAAGGGAUACAUUAACGAAGGACAGCAGGACUGGAAGGAACACGUAUUGUCAUAAAAAAUGGGGAGACCCUCUAAGAGUCUCACAUCACCGAACUGCCCCACUGGGAUCGGUGGGUGGAAGGAAGUAUUCCCUUUCAGAUAAUUACCUACUCAUUCAAAAUUGCAUAUACACAAUUAUGCUUUCAAGACUGUUUGCACCUGCCAGUGUUUUGCUGUUGACAUACGCUUCAUUUGCAAAUUGGUGCAUGCCACAUUGCUUCCUGCUGAAAGCCUGUAACUUUUCAUACGAUAAAUAUCCCUGGUCUACUUUUUUGUCUCACUUUCCUUGUGCUACAGUGCAAGAGUUCUGCAGCUAGCAAAACGGUGGUAGCAUUGGGGUGCUAUCACAGAGCAACUAAUAAAGCAGAACGAUGUCUGCACAGCCCAGUAUAAAUUCACUAUUACUGCAUCAAUGAGAUGUUGCAGACAAAACCCCCACAAUAUUUUGGAGAUGGUGUAAGGCAGUUGCCUGCAGUACCCCUGGCUCAAUUAGCCCUUCCUAUCAAAACUUCUAAUCAUAAAACUAUAUAUUAUUUAGUGAUUUAUUUAUUUUACGAUUGUAUGCAUAAUAAUAUUUUGACUGUAAAAGUUUUGAAGGUGAGAUAUAAAGCCUUGGAGAUGAAACUGACUGACAGUUCAUCAAAUAAUAUACUUUGCAUCCAUCUCUAUGUUUGAAGCCACCAUACCACUCAAACCUAUAGUGUAAUACUGAGCCAACUAACUGGCAUAAAUUUUGGGGGAAACAGUCAUCUAAGUCCAUUUCUGUAAGGUUGAAAGAAAACCGCAUAAAGAUACUAUCUUGGUGGCGUUGCAAAGCUCUCAUAUGCAAUAAAAAACCCUCAAACAAACCCACUAUAUUGGAGAGGUUGCCCAGCGCUUGGGAUCUUACAACCACAUGUGGUGGAACUGCAUGGUGGUUCAAGGUUUUUGGAGUUUAAUAAUGGAUGAAGUCUUAUUACAAGUCAAGUGGUUCUCUGUGAUCCCAGACUAGCAUGGUUAAACUCAAGUUUUAAAGGGCUAAUUGUUUAAAGAACUAUUAAUCCUUGUUUUGGUGACCAUCAGACAAGUUUUGGCUCAAAUUUGGAAGGCAGCUGCCAAUGCACUUGUGGAAAAACUAAGCAACUUACGGCCAACACACCAAGGGCAAUCCUGAGGACACAUGGUGCACAUCAGAAACCGUAACAUGACAAAGACACAUCCAUUGACUCAUGGUAAUUGCUGGAGUAAAUCCACAGAGACAAUGAGCAUCAUAUUACCUAAUGCCUUCAAUAUUUACACAUGAUUCGUUAAACACCUGUAUGUGAAUAUCAUAUGUACAUGGAGGGAAUGGCGAGCAGGGUGCAGGCAAUAGGGAGUUAUUUUGAGUUGGAUCAUUGGUCUGUCUUUACAACUGAAAAUGCAUAUGCUAUAAAAAUAAGAGUGAAAACUGAAAGAGUGGCAGAACAACACAGGAAGCUGCCUCAUAUGGAGUCAGGCCAUCUAGCUCUGUAUUGCUCACACUGACUGGCAGCAGUUCUCUGGGAUUUUCAGACUGAGGUCAUUCUGAUUGAACUUGGGGCCUUCGGCAAGUCACGUGCCGCUACUACUGAGCUACUGAUGGAACAAUGAUCCAUCCAUUGUUGACAGCUGUAAGAAAGAAAGGAACUAUCUAGGGCAGGAGUAGGCAACCUAAGGCCCGUGGGCUGGAUGCGGCCCAAUUGCCUUCUCAUCCGGCACGCGGACGGUCUGAGAAUCAGCAUGUUUUUACAUGAGUAGAAUGUGUCCUUUUAUUUAAAAUGCAUCUCUGGGUUAUUUGUGGGGCAUAGGAAUUCGUUCAUCCCCCCCCAAUAUAGUCCGUCCCACCACAUGGUCCAAGGGACGGUGGACCGGCCCACGGCUGAAAAAGGUUGCUGACCCCUGAUCUAGGAUGUAGGAUGCAAUGGGUAGGAUGGGGGGGGGGCUUUAUCAGCAGCUGCAGCCCAAUUAUGGACCACUCUGACCUGUGAACAACUGUUGGCCCCCUCCCUCAUUGUGUUUUGCUGGUCAUUGAAGUCCUUUAAUUACAGCAGGCUUUUAUCAUAUAAUGCAAGUAAUAUGUUCAUUACUUUUAAUUAACACAGGAGUAGGGAUGAGGUUUCCUGAUCUGUACCUGUUCAUCAUUAUUGAAACUUUAUCCAAAAUGGUUCUUGUUUAAUUAAAUUUGAAUGAUCUCGGCCUGGUGUGAUUUACAAAAAUAAUGUCAUGGUUUUUUAUUUCCCUGACAGUGGCAGUGAUUGCAUCUCACAUAUUGGAUAUGAAACAAAAAAUUAAAAAAUUCCUUCCAGUAGCACAGGCAUCCACAAACUUCAGCCCUCCAGAUGUUUUGGGCUACAAUUCCCAUCUUUGCCGACCACUGGUCCUGUUAGCUAGGGAUCAUGGCAGUUGUAGGCCAAAACAUCUGGAGGGCUGCAGUUUGGGGAUGCCUGCAGUAGCACCUUAGAGACCAACUAAGUUUGUCAUAGUUACAGGUAGGUAGCCGUGUUGGUCUGAGUCGAAACAAAAUAAAAAAAAUUCCUUCAGUAGCACCUUAAAGCCCAACUAAGUUUUUAUUUUGGUAUGAGCUUUCGUAGAAGAUGAGCAAUUAAAUAGUCCUGAGAUGGUAUGUUGGAUGUUGUUGGGGCCAGUAAUGGUGUUGUCUGGGUGUAUGUGGCAGCAAAGUUGGCAUCUGGGUUUAUUGCAGGCUCUGGUACCAGUGUCCAUAUUAAGUCUGGUGGUUGUAUUAUUGUGGGUGAGGAGUUGUUUAAGAUUGGGUGGCUGUCUGUAGGCAAUGAAAGGUCUUCCUUCCAGAGCUUGAGAAAGGGAGCUGUCAUUGUCCAGGAGAGGCUGUAGAUCUCUGAUGUUGUACUGUUUUAACGUGGGAGCUGUAUGUGAUGACUAGUGGUGUUCUGUUAUUUUCUUUUUUGGGUCUGUCUUGCAGCAGGUUCUCUCUAGGUAUCAGUCUGGCUCUGUUGAUCUGUUGUUUAACUUCAUCAGGUGGAUAUUUUAGUUCUAAAAAGCUCAUACCAAAAUAAAAACUUAGUUGGUCUUUAAGUUCACGAAAGCUCACACUAAAAUAAAAACUUAAUUGGUCUUUAAGUUUGUCAUAGGUAUGAGCUUUCGUGUUCCUGCACAUUUCUUACUUAGUUGGUCUCUAAGGUGCCACGGUACUAGAAGGAAUUUUUAAAUUUUUUGUUUCGACUACGUCAGACCAGCACGGCUACCUACUUGUAACUAGUAUAUUGGAUAUGGUUAUUUCCCCAAUUCUUUCUUAUUUCCUUUUUGCUAUUUACAGUGGUGCUAUUGUUCUUGAUUGCCCACCAUCAAAUAGCCAUUGCCCCCAGGCACUUUUACUUUAUAAGUUUUAUUUGCUUGGGGUGUGAAAUAUACUCGGAGUCGAGAGGGGAAACAGAACCAUUUAAAAUCAUUGUCUUUGCGGGUGAAUGGCACAGAUCAUCAGGAAGACACAUCCCCCGUGUGAAAAACCAGGCAUCCAAUCAUCACCCUCACUCUCCCUUUCCCUUUUUGCAGAUGUGAAUGACCACAUACAGGUGAAAAGUUGGCAAGGGAAGUAAUUGUGAAUGGGGAUUUCAACCUGGAUCUACCCAGCCCUAGUCCAUCACCCUGUUAGCCUGCUUUUGCAAAAGGAGCUCUGUUUGACACUGUUAGGAUUAAAAGGGGCAGGUAUAAAGCUUGCUUUUUUUACUUUGAAUCAGGUGGCUUGUGAUGACGUUUACGUAUCCACAGCAUACCGGCUCCCAACCAGCAUUCCGCUCACAGAUCAUGUGCACUUAAACAAAAGGACUCUCCUUGCGCACCCUCUUCCUCCUCCUCCCCCUGUUCAAAAAGAAUUUGCUCGCUAAUCCUUCACUUAAGUAAUUGGUAUGCAAUGAGAGAACUCAGUCUUAAGGUGUGGUAACUUCAGGAAUUCAUCCUUCCACAUUUAUCUGAUUCAUAUGAUUCAAAUGCAUGGCCAGGAGACAGAUGGAAGGAGAGCAGAGCCCUCCAGCCAAGAACCAUGGCCGUUGCAUUGUGGGCUGCAUUGUUGCUCUUCAUUGGUCACUCCUUCCAACUUGGAAUCCUGCUUCCUCCACAAAAUGUGACACUAAUUUCAGAGAACUUCUACAUUUUCUUGACAUGGCACCAGUCUCCAGACUCGACCAACAGCACUCAGUAUGAGGUGGAGAAAAGUAAUGGUAACAGAUCUUAUCCUGACUGGAUCAAAGAGCCGUCCUGCAAAAGAAGGAAUCUCAGAGGAAACCGAAGCUGCCAGCUUCAUCUGCCAAACUUGCUCAGUUUUUACCAAGCUAGGGUGAGAGCCCAGGAUGGAGGCAGGUUGUCUGAAUGGGCCUAUUCGAAACCGCUGCAGCUAUACAAAGACACUGUUAUUGGCCCUCUCAUUCUCUCUCUGGCUGCUGCAGAUCGUAGCAUUACUGUAUCCGUCUCUAUGCCCCAGAUCCUACUGGAGGACUCAUUUCGUUUCACAUCCCGUCUAAAGAUCCUGAUCAUCCUCAGUAGUGAAGGGGGAGAUUUCCAGAACGUAAUGUUGUGUGAAGAUGAACGGAACAGCUGUUGGAUGGAUAGCAAACAAAGAAGAAGAAACAUAACAAAACACACCUUUGAGAAUGUGAAGCCAAAUACCAAUUAUUGCGUCAAAGCAGAAGUUGCAGACCAGCCAACCAGGGAAGCUGUGCGGUGUAUUAAAACACCAGCUAGCUCAACAGGUAACUACUGGACCCUUUCUGUUAUAGUGUUGGCCUCUGUUUUUGGACUCAUCCUGUUGAGCGGGGUUGGAAAGACUUUCCUUAAGCAGUACAUGCAAUUGAGAACCUCAGAAACGGAUCUACCCAAAUCCCUGGUUUUUCUGAACAGGAAUUCAUCUGCUCUGAUACCUGCACUUUACUUGGAAGCUGAUUCCGUAGUUUUCAUCUCAACUACUGUGCAGCUGCCCUUGGAAGACGGUCUUCCAACAGAGCAGGAAAACCCCCAGUUCCAACUGAUUCCAGGCAGUUUAGGUGCUCAGGGAUCAAGUGACUAUUGUCCAAAUGGUUUUGAUAAGGGCAAUGAGGACCCCUCUUGCUUGUCAGUUGCUGUUGUAGACUCCCUCUCGUCAGGAGGCCCAGUGAGGGAAGAUUAUUCAGGUGAUGAGGACUACAGAAGUGCUCUGGAGGUCUUGGAAACUUCUGAACACCCAUCACCAUCACCUGGAGGAUUUCAUUUUGGUGGCUUGGAGACAGUCUCUUGGGAAUGCAGAACUAGCUAUAAAAGUGGCCAAGUGAGAUGGCUGCCUUAAUCUGGGGCUGAUAUUCCCCUCAGCUCUUUGAAGUUGCAGGCUCAUCUAGACACUCAAGGCCUUGUGUACAGUCCAGGACUUUUUGAUAUAGUGAAAGGCUGCGAUGCCUACCCAGAGGCCCCAGCCAAGCAGGUCGCUGAGUUACAGGUGUGCUGGGAUCAGAGCAGUUUCUUAGAAGAUGCGGAGCUUUGUAACAGCUCCAGCCUGGAAGCCAAAGACACAAAGGCAAUGAGUUUCCCUGGCUAUGAACUCCACCAACCCAUCCUUUUCUGUGAACCAUAGUUUUUUGAUGUGUCAAAUAAGCAACUGGGAAAUGCAGAAACCCCAGCUGCUGCCUCACCUCAGGAGGAGGUGGGAGCUGAGGAAGAAAGAGAGAGGUCUGUCCUGACAGGUCUUCUAAAGGGUCACUGGCCUCUCUUUCCCUCCCCUCCCACUAUAUCCCAAUAUAUUUUGCUUCCUGACAUGCACACCCUCCUCCAGCUCGCCACCUCACUGUGAUUCCUGGCAACUGAUGCCUCAAAUGUCUGUCUCACUCUGCCUGAAGGUAGGGAAGGCCCUGAGGAUGGUGAGACAGCAAUCUGACUCAUGAAUUUACCUAAUCCAAAUGUAGCCAUGUAACUGGAGUGUACAAAGGUGAGCCAGAAAAUUGUAAGAAGGAGUAAUGGUGGAACUCCUCCUUCUCAUGUGCCUCAUGUGUGUUAAACCUUACAUUCUACCAAGGCUCCAAGGAUGCUCCAAACUGGGAGCUUUGGGUAUUAUUGUACUGUAUUUGAAAAUUCAUUGAUAGAUUUGUGGCUCUUGUGUUCCCAAACUGUGUGGCUGCUGUCAGUGGGUCUUUUGCAUUCAUCAUCUUCCCAGCUCCCAUAUCAAUGUUAUAGAAACUGGGGUUCGCUUUUACAGCUGAAGUCCCACUCAAGGGGCUCAGAAUUCCCCAAGGUCUGCUCUCAGAAAAAUAAAAGGAGACAACAACCAAGUAAAAGUAAAGCAAGGCUGGCUGCUAAGCCUGAUCCUUAUUGAAUGGUUGCAACAGAGAAUUCCCCUCUCCUCUAACAGGAAGAAGAAGAGCCCCAAACAAAGAGGAUAGCAACUUUUAAAACUUCAGAAAGUGUGCUAUCCUCUUUACAGAAAGACCACCCAGAAACAUGUAAUAAAAAGGGGUUGUUCUGUGAAAUUGGGAGCAUGCAGGGAUUACAUUCUUUCCAACUUGUCUAGACUGAUAUUUUAUGAAUUGCCUGUCUCACUCUGCCAUUCAUACUCCUGACACAUUAACCAUUCCUUUAGAUAUUGCAACCAUCCCUGUCUCCUCUUCUUUCUUAGCCUAUUCUUCUUGCACUGACUCAAAUCUCUCCCCUUUUAUUCACAAAAAAACCUCCAUUUGGCAGUUUCCACCUUCUUCUGGCAAGUACUAACUCCAAACCUGCCAGUUGCCCAUCAGCAGUACAUUUAGGAUUUCCUCACUACCUGACUACAUUGGUGGCUGCCGGGGUCCAAUGUGGAACAAACGUGGUUCGUCCAUUCCCCUUUUCGCUCACUAUAACAUUUUGAUUUUGACAUGAGUAUCAUUCAUAAAACACAUUAUUCAUUCAUUCAUAAAAAUAUCUUAUUUUCUUAGGGGAAGGUUAUAAAUUGAUUCUUUCUGGGUGGCACGUGCUUUCCAUUUACAGCAAAUACUCUUCCUGGUUGAGGCUUGAUGGAAGGCGCUGACAGCUCAACAACGGAGUGUUAAUUAGGUCUCUGCACCGUUCUGCAAGGUGUUUGCUGUUGCAAAGAAGCAGCUAGCAAGGCUACCAUAGUUGUACAUAGGAAGGUGUCUCCAGACUAUAAGUCUCUUGUGGGAGGGAUUCAAAUUGUGCAAUUUAAGUAGAUUAAAGUGCUCUGCCGUCCUUGGCCGGAAGGCAUCAAUAAUGAUGGGAGGGGUGGGGGAUUAAAUCUCAAGGAUGCACAGACAUAAAGUGGCUACAAUAUUUGCCCAAUGCAUUUUGAACACACUUAUUCAAGGGCCCUGCAUGUAAGAACAAUGAACAUACCUUAUUGAAACAUUUAAACAAUAUGCAAAUAUUGUUGAAACUAAUAUUAUUAAAGCAGACCCUUUGUAAAUAUAUGCCGGUUGGCUACAUUAUUCCAAAUAUCAGAGGCACUAUGCCGCUCACUGAGGAGAAUGUUGUGUGCUCAGGCCUCGCUUGCACAACACUCCUCAGUGACUGGUAUUCAGUGAAAGAAAACUAAGCCCCUCUUGACUGGGCCAAGGCCCACCUCAUCUAUCAUUCCUUUUCCAGAGUUCAGUCAAAUGCCUUUACAAAGGCUUUACUUGGCCAGACAACAGCAUUACAACACUGAGAGUAGUGAGGGUUUUGAAGGACUCUUGGGUUUCAGUUCUUUUAUUGCUUUUAAAAAGUGCGUAUUUGGUAAAUUUGCCUUUAAAUGAGAAACUGGAUCAAAUAAUUUCUUCCCCAUCCCUACUCAUCACUGAUCCUUUGGGAUUCAACAUACAGUGUUACCUAGGGUUACAAACUUAAUUCAUUCCGGUUGGUUCUUAACCUGAAACUGUUCUUAACCUGAGGCAUGCUUUUGCUAAUGGGGCCUCCUGCUAGCGCGCGAUUUCCGUUCUCAUCCUGGAGCAAAGUUUGCAACCCGAGGUACUAAUUCUGGGUUAGUGGAGUUUGUAACUCAAAGUGCUUGUAACCCGAAGUGUUUGUAACCUGAGGUACCACUGUAUAAUGAUAACAGCAAAGCAUCUUCCCAUUAUUUUCCCCCUCCCAUAACAUGAUGGGAGUCUGAGGAGCUACCAGGUGUGGCAUGAGAUUUUAUGCCAGCAGCACCUUUUAGGUGUCGUAAUGGCAGACCCUCCCAACGCCCCUGUUUUCCAGGGACAGUCCUGGAUUUACAGAAGCCAUUUCGGUUUCUGAUUUGAUCCCAGAAUGUCCUGCUUUUUCUUAGGAUGUCCCUAUUUUCAUCAGAGGGUAUGGAGUUAUGCAACCCCCAGCCCAAGGAGAUAAGUAACUAUACAACCUUUAUAAGGCAUAUGAAGGCAGCCUAGUACAGUAUAGGGAAAUUUAUUUAGAAUGUUUACUUUUUUAUGUUUUUGUCUAUGUUGGAAGCUGCCUAGAGUGGCUGGGGCAACCCAAUCAGAUGAGCUGGACAUAAGGUUGUUGUUGUUGUUGUUGUUGUUGAAUACGACAUCCCUAUUUCCAUCAGAGAAAUGUUGGAGGGUAUGUAAUGGUACCAUAAGGAGGGCGCUGCCUUUUUCCAGCUCAGAUUAUCUGCCCAGGUAGUCCAAUCUUGUUUACUCUCUCAGGCUGCAACUCAGCAGAGUAGUUAUUCACUACUCUUUGGCUGCUCUGCGCCUGCUUUGUUUAAGCAAACGAUGCUUGUUUAUCUUGGAUGGGGCUCAUGGCCUUAUGUGGUUUCAACACAGCCAGAGCAAUGGAAGGGAAAUAUAUGCUUGGAACAUAUCUUAAUUUACGUAUUUUUAUAUUUCCCACACCUUCAACAUAUGUGCAUUGAUGUUCCCAGGGCAGCUAACGGAAGAGGGGAGAAAAUGAAUGUCUAAUUUAAAAGUAGUAGUAGUAGUAGUAGUAGUGGAGCAUAGAUAUGAAUACUGUACAGAAAAUUAAAAUCACAAACUGAAGCAGGAACAGCCUAUGGUAAUAGAUAGAAAAAAUAUUUACAAGAGCAGGUCUUAAAGGGCUGGAGAAACUGGUUAUUUCAUGACUGGAUUACUGCAAUGAGCUUUAUGUCGGUCUUUCCUCACAUUUGGUCUGGAAGAUGCCGUUAGAGCAGAAUGCGGCAGAACAACAGGAGGUACUGUCAGAUUAUAAAACCUGUGCUCUGCAGGUUACUGAUUUUCAACUGGGUCAUGUUCAGGGUGUUGCUAUUAGCAUAUAAAGCCAUUGACAACUUGGGAUCAGUUUACCACUCAAAGAAGUUCGAUCGGUGGAAUUGGCGCGACUAAAGCUGCCACAUAAUACCCAUUCUGCAUUUGUAAGAAUUUGAUUGUUUUUUUAAAAUUGUUUUUAUUAAGGGUUUUCUUGGUUUACAAAGAUAAGAGCAAUGUCUCUCUUAACAUUUUUACAGCUCAGUUUCGGUUGUUGAGACAUUGGUGAGGGGAGGGGAAGGAUAGUAGGUGGAGGGAGGGAGGGUGGGAUGGGGUGGGCUUUUUCUUGUCAGCGACGCUUGCAUAGGUUCUCUGUUGUUCGCCUGUUUUCCUUUGAUGGUGAGAGGUGCUGGGGUUGGCCUAGGAUAUGGUUGUUCCUUUGUGGUUAGCUGUGGUGGUCUUUGUUUUGUUUGUAAGCAGGGGAGUGAGUGUGUGGGUCAGGUUAACCAUAUUGAUUCAUAUGCUGUUGGUGGGUUUUUGUUGUUGUCUUGUUGGGCUGUGUAUGUGAUAAAGGGGAACCAUACCGGGGUGAAGCCAUCUUCUUCUAUUUGUCCCCAUGUCAGUUUCAACUUAUUGGUUAAUUUUUCUAGUAGGGCUGUUUCCCAUACUAUUUGGUACCAAUGGUCCAUGUUUAUUCCUGAUAGGUCUUUCCAGUGUCUGGUUAUGGUGCUUCUGGUUGCUGAGAGUAAGUGGGUUAUGAGUUCUUUGUGGUGUAGGUGCGCGUUAUUGUCCUGGAAUAUGUUUAGCAAGGCCAAUUCUGGGGUGAGUUCUAAUGCUUGUUGGGUUAUUUUACCUAUUUCUCUUAUGGUUGUUUUCCAGAAUAGUUGGAUUUUGGGGCACUCCCACCACAUGUGGAAAUAUGUGCCUGUUGAGGUGCAUCCUCUCCAGCAUUUUGCUGAGGUUCCUGGGUGUAUUAUCGCUAGUUUCCGUGGUGUUAGGUACCACCUGUAGAUGAUUUUCAGAGUGAGUUCUUUCCUUUUUGCUGAUAUGGAUUUAAAGGGGGGUUUAGACCACAUUUUGGUCCAUUGGGUGGGGUUAAUUUCAUAGUUUAUGUCAUCUUCCCAUUGUUUUUUGAUUGUGUCUAGGGGGUUUAUGGGGUUUUGGAGCAAUAUUUUAUAUAUUGCAGAUACCAUCCCUUUGCCGUGUCCCUUUGUCGUUAGGAGGAGGUUUUCAAAGGUUGUUAGGGGCCUGGUUGCUGUUGAUUUUACUACUGGAUUGUUUAAGAGGGCGUGUAGUUGGUGUUGUGCUAACCAGGAUAUUUGAAUGUCUUCUAGUUUGUCCUGUAUUUCUUGUGUUGUCAUAGGCUGGUUAUUUUUAUAAAAGUCUAUUAGGCGAUAUAAGCCUUUGGUCUGCCAGGUUUUUAUCUGAAGGUUUUGUGCUGCAUGGUGGAAUAGCGGGUGGUAAGCCAGGGGGAUUAGUGGGGAUGAGGUUGGGGAUAGUUUGUCUGUUUCUGUUUUCCAUGCUUUGAACAUGGGUUUGUGUGUACCUAUUUAGUGUUGUUUGAAUCUUCCUUAGUUUGUUUGGGAAAGAAUUUGAUUGUUUAGUACGGCAGCACCUGCACUUUAGAACUCCCUUCCUAUUGAUAUCGAGCAGGAGCCUUUACUGUGGUCUUUUCAGAGCCUGCUAAAAAUAAAUAAUCCAUUUUUUAGACAAGCCUACCCAGAAUCUUAGAAAGCAGAGGUGAUUUUAAUCUGUUUUAGUGUAUGUUUUAAAGGUGGGUUGUGAUGUUUUUCUUGAUUUCAAUUGCUUGAAAUUUUUGUAAACCACUUUGAGAUUUAUGUUUUAUGUUGUUGUUGUUUUUACAGUCAAGCAGUGUAUAAAUUUAAUAAAUAAAUAAAUAAAAUAUAAAUAUAAAUAAAUAAAUAAAACACAACUGUGUUUACCCAGCAUCUUAAAUGUAAGGAGGUCUCUCGGUUGACCUUUUUAGGGAGGGCAUUCCAUGUAGGGAUGGAUGGAUGGAUGCAUAAAUUGCAGUUUCUCUCCGUUGCUCAUUUCCCCAGCCUUAAGUUUAGUAUUUUUGCAUCAGGUUUUUUUUUUAAAGUCCUCAUGAAAUAUGUCAGCAUUUCAGUGCAAAUUUCUCUUCUUGAGUACACAAUUUUGCAAGCAAUUUCCCCUCCCCCAUGUAAUACAUUUUAUGUUAUUCUCAUGGAUACAUGGCGCGGCUACCAUAUUUCAUUGACAUAGUUGGAAUAUGGCAGUUGGAAUCAGUGUUCCUGGGCGUCUGAAGUCUAGAUUUUGUGAAAAAAUCCUUUAAAAUAGUUCAAAAACUUGGGGGGGGGGGAGCUCAACAACUGUUGUGUCCAGAUUUUCACUUUUUGAAAUAUGGCAACCCCAAUUAUGAUUUUUUUAAUGCACACUUACCCCAAUCUACACAUUAUUUGGUUGCAGAACUCCAUUGUAAAAAUUAGAGAAGUACAACUUUAGAAGGUUGGUUGUGUUUGGGUUCACAUAUCAUUUCAGAAAGUGUGAAUUAGGUAGGUUUGCAUGAAAAUCCUAACUGAAUUUCCGUGGUCCAAAUUGGUGUGUGCGCAUGUGUAUUUGCAGGUGUAAUUUUCUGCAACAUGCCAUUGAUGCAAGAGUAGUGCACUGGUGGUUGAUUUAUAUUGGACCAGUCACACGUUAUUCUAAAGCGCAACAAAAGCAUGAAAAGAAAUAAAUUUGAACAUCUGCGGUGUAAAAAGUUAAAGGGUUUCAGCAGGAAGCUACAGGACAUGGGCUGAUCGAAAACAAAGCAGUAUAUCCACCUCGAAGUUUCUGCAGGCACAAACAGUAUUGAAAGCAGAAUCACAUAUAACCACCCCAAUACCAUCAAGAGCACAAACAAUCAUGAACGCGUAAUAAAAAAAAGUGUGCCUGGAAGUGGGAGUCCUAUAUAAAUAAUCAUAAAUAGAAGCUAUGCUUAUGAACCUUUUGGGGCUCCUUUGAUACCCUCCUAUUGCCUUGAGCCAGCCAGAGUGGUAGGAUCACAUCAAUAAUUCUUCAUCUGAUGGCAACAGACACCCAGUAAAUAGAAGCAAAUUGAAUACAGGACAGGAAUAGAUGUAGUUAGGACAAGCUGCCUAAAGCAAUGACAGGCACCCCAGGCCAAGAUGGAUGACUUUUCUGAUUCAUCUGUCUUCUCUCCUCCCUCUCAUGGGAUGUGCUGCGGAAGGGGAAAUGAACCUGUCAAGGUUAGGGGUGAAAAACGAGUUUUGUAGCAGCUGAUGUGACUCCUCUGGAAAGAUGCAUGAGAACUGUUUGUCCAGUUUCCAGCAGCUGGAAGAGCCACAUGAUAAUGGCUCAGUUGUGGAGCCAGCAAGAAACACAAUAGCAGAACAUGGCAGAGGCAGCCACAAGCAAGAAUGCUGUUGGAGCUUUGGUGUCUGUUCCUAGCAUAGCAAUCACUAGUUUAUUGCACAUCCAUCCUGAUUUGCUUGCAUAAAACUUGUGCAGAGAUUAGAUUGCAUCCGUUGAGCAUUUGCUCCGAUUUGUUUGCGGGGUGGUUGCAUGACAACCAGCAUCCAUUCUGAUAUGCUUUCAGGGUAUUUACAUAUAUUUCUAAUAAAAAAAUUCCUUCAG